AUGUUGGGUGUAGGAGGGGAUCCAGUGACUUGGGAGCAAUUCAAGGAGCGCUUUUACACGAAGUACUUCUCUGCUAACUUGAGGUACAAUAAGGAAAGGGAGUUCUUGGAGCUGAAGCAGGGACACAGGUCAGUAAAGGAGUAUGACCAGGAGUAUACGAGGCAGCAAGCUAUCAAGGCAGGUAUGGUGGAGAGAAUGCGACCGGUGUGUAGCUCGUGUGGAAGAUAUCACUGGGGUCGAUGUUUGGCAGGCACCAGAGUUUGUUUUCAUUGCAAGCAGGAGGGACACUCGAUAGAUAGAUGUCUUGCUAGAGGCACUUUUGGUUUUGGGAACCAGUUUAUAGGCUGUGAUCAGAGGAGUUCAGGUAGGCCUCAGCAUCAGCAAGGUCGUGUUUACUCUACCACCUGGCAGGAGGCCGAGAAAGCAGGCACUGUUGUGACAGGUACGCUCCCAAUCUUGGGGCAUUUUGCGCUAGUAUUGUUUGAUUCGGGUUCGUCCCAUUCGUUUAUAUCAUCGAUGUUUGUUAAGCAUGCCAUGUUAGAACUAGAGCCUUUACACUAUGUUUUGUCGGUUUCCACUCCAUCUGGAGAAAUUAUGUUAGCAAAGGAGAAGAUAAAAGCAUGUCAGAUUGAAGUAGCGAGUCAUACCCUGGAUGUGACUUUAGUAGUCUUGGACAUGCGGGAUUUUGAUGUGAUUUUGGUCAUGGAUUGA